CAGUCCACAUCCUCAACUGCCAUCAUUGGAAACACAAAAGAUAACUAGACCCCAGUCUAUCACAAAAAAAAAAAAAAAAAAAAAAGAGAGGGGUGACAAAAAUCAAAGGGUAAAAAAUAUACUCUUCACUAAGAUGCCUCGUCAUCAACAACACAUCGUCCCAUGGACCGAUUCCGAGUCUGACUACUCAGAGUCGGACUAUUCCCUGGAGAACGGCCGCCGUCGGACAUCCUUCAGGAGGCGUUCCUUCUCCCGUCAUCGCUUCAGCCCCGAUCACGGUAGCACCACUUACCUGAGUCCCGUUGUGCAAGACGUGCAUUUGCACCGCUCUGCAUCCACGGGCGCCCGGCGACGACGGUCUCAUGAGCGUCCCCCGCCACCUCCGGCCGUCAUCGUCGAUAUCAAAAACGACUCGCGGAAUAAAGGCUCCAACAGAAGUGCCAACAGGGCCCGUAAGGACCAGCACCAGGAGACUUAUAUCGAUCCCUACGAGUCAGAGGACGAGACCCUCCUGCGUGCUCAUCAUAGACGGCCUCGCGCCAGCACUGCCAGUACGCCAAGAGAGGCUUCACCGCGGCAACAUGAGCGGGAUUAUGAGCUGGUGAUUGAUCAGCGGCUGCUGGAAAAGAACGACCAUCGACAGGAUCUGGAGCUGUUGAGACAGCAGCAGGAAAUAGAGCGCUUAGAACGGGAGUUGGCUCGCAAUCGGCUUGAAACCCGUGACGCUCGUGAUUCCCACGAUGUUCGUAUUCUCAAGCAGGAAGAGGACUGGUACGAGGAUGAGAUUAGUGAGCGACUGAGGAGGCUGGAGAGGUAUGAGAAGAGCCAGCGCAUGGAGGAGGAACAGCGGCAAGCGGAACACCGCUGGAAGCUGCAUCAAUUUGAAGAAGCCCAGCGCCAUGCUAGGGAGGAUGAUGGCGUCAAAUCAAAACUGCGCGAAGAGAAGCUUAAGGAGCUCCGACACAAAAUUGAAGAGGAGGAAGAGCAGCGCAAAGCAGAACAUCGUUACAAGUUGCGUCAGUUUGAGGAAGCCCAGCGCCAUGCUAAAGAGGAAGACAGUGUCAAAUCAAGACUGCGCGAAGAGAAACUUAAGGAGCUCCGCCAUAAAAUUGAAGAGGAGGAGGAGCAGCGCAAAGCAGAACAUCGUUACAAGUUACGUCAGUUUGAGGAAGCCCAGCGCAAAGCUAGGGAGGAUGAAGAUGUCAAAUCGAAGCUGCGCGAGGAGAAGCUCAAGGAUCUUCAACGCAGAAUCGACGAGGAGGAGGCGCAGGAGCGACUCAAAGAGCAGAUCCGUCAGGAAAAGCUCAAGGAGCUCCAGCGUAAGAUUGACGAAGAGGAGGAGCGCGAGCGGAUCAAGAAAGAGAUCCGGGAUGAGGAGGCGAGAGCCCUGCUCGCAAAGCAGGAGAAAGAGCGUAAAGAAGCUGCGAUGAAGGCAGCGGCCAUUGAGGAAUGGAAAUUGAACGAGGAGCGGCGGAUCAACGCCGAAAGAGAAGCGAAGAGGAGACGUGACGAAGAAUUUAGGGCUCGACUGAGGAUCGAAUUCGGUUAUACGGAGGAAGAAAUUGAAGAGAUAAUCACCAAAAAGAAGAAGAAGGAAGAGAAAGACGGCAAAGAGGAAGAGAAGGAGAAGAAAAAGGAGAAAGAGAAGGACAAGGAGAAGGAGAAAGAGAAGAAGAAGAAAGGAAAAGAGAAGGAGAAGGACGACGAUGACGAAAGUGAAAAGGAAGAGAAAGAAGAACACCGGCGGACGACAUGGAUCAAGGUCCACCGCAGACAUCUUCUGCCUGACACUCUGAUGGCCUAUCACUUGCCCUGGGACUGGGAUGACCGCGAUAGCAACUAUAUCAUUAUCAAACAAUGGAUCUCAGAAGACUUCCAGGAAGAGCUCUUCGAUCACACCCGACGACUUCGCGAAGGCAAACUCAUUACCCAGACCUCCAACACAUUGACGGAGUUGAAGGUCAACGACAGGAAGAAGGACAAGAUGUACCUUGUGCGGAAAAAGAGCCCCAGUCGGAGGGCAUGGAUUUUUACUUGAUCAGCCGAUUGAAUUGUUUUGCGAAACAAGUGAUACCACUAUACGUCUGCUUUUCAUGAUUUAGGAUUUGGUGUCUCAGCUGUUUAUUGGCUUUUUUGUAAACUUUGAUGAUCUAUUGGGUCCUGAAAUGUUUCGCGUUGAUGUUCAUUUUUCGUCG